GUCCAUGGUUGUGUAGUGGGAGCCAGAGAGGGUCCGGGUACGUGCGAGGAGAUGCGGCCAUAGUCACGCUGCACUGUCUAGAAUCAUUAACCUGCUGGGAUCGUUAGUUUCGCAGCGCAUUAGAGCCGACUGAAAGACUGUGGACGUGAGGCAUCAUGAGUGAGCAGCAGAGGCAGCGCUCUCUGUCCACCGCGGGUGAGUCUCUCUACCAUGUGUUGGGAGUUGACAAGAUGGCCACGACGGAUGAUAUAAAGAGAUCUUACAGGAAACUGGCUUUAAAGUUUCACCCUGACAAGAAUCCAGACAAUCCAGAGGCUGCAGACAAGUUCAAGGAGAUAAACAACGCCCAUGCGAUCCUGAAUGACCCCACAAAGCGUAACAUUUAUGAUAAAUAUGGUUCUCUAGGACUAUAUGUGGCCGAGCAGUUCGGAGAGGAGAACGUUAACACUUACUUUGUCCUUUCAAGCUGGUGGGCAAAGGCUCUGUUUCUGUUUUGCGGCCUGGCCACUGGCUGUUACUUCUGUUGCUGCCUGUGUUGCUGCUGUAACUGCUGCUGUGGAAGAUGUAAACCACGGCCUCGAGAGGGCCAGGAGCAGGACUUUUAUGUGUCCCCUGAGGAUCUCGAGGCUCAGCUGCAAUCUGAUGAGAGAGAGGCUGGUGGUGACCCUAUAGUGCUGCAGCCGUCAGCGACAGAGACGACUCAGUUGACAUCAGAUGGGCACCACUCUUACCGCACUGACACCGGCUUCAACUAACCCUCCGUUCCUGUCAACCCUGGCCUGCGGUCCUGCCUGCUUCCCUGCUCCACCUCAGUGAGAUGAACGAAAAGGGCAAAACCAUCUUUCCACUCAAGAAAGAGAGCCAUGCGGAGGAGAAGGGGACUAGUAAGCAUGGCCCAAGAAAGGAACUGAUGAAUUCACAUCCCUUACAUCUCUCUCCCUGAUUGGUCCGCUACAUAUUUCCCUCUCCAGUACGAGAAGAAAUCCCUUUUAUUUCUUCUUUUGUAUCUCUAAGCCUUUAAUCACACAGGUCGCUUACCCUACCUUACCUUUCCCAUAGUUUGCAUCAUGGUGUAGCAUGCACUGUUUGGAAAACAUCGUCUUCACAUUUUCUUUAAUCCUUCGCAACAUUUUUACUUUGCAAGACUCAUCACCCAGGUGCAGUUUAUUCAAAUGAGUACAGCUCACCAGGAGGACGAGUUUACCAGAGUUUACCAGAUAUUUUAUUCUAAAGGAACAGAGAGCCAUGUCUCAGGGAGGUGCUGGUUGGAGACAUGCUUGCUGGCUUAGGUGGUCGGUGCCAUCAUUAAACCUUCAAGAACUAAGUUGUCACACACAUUUACACUUUUCACUUGUGAUUCGCAAUCAAUAUUCUUUCAGUUGGAAAUGCCACCUGCUGUUGUCAGACCUACAGACCUAUGUAAAUCAUGAGGUUAUUAAGGCACAGAGCUUUAUUUGCAGACAGUUUGUUAUAAAUGCCUGCUGACGUUAGAUUUUCUACUUUAGUUAUUGAUUAGUUUUGGCUUUUGCUUCCCUCCUGAAAAUCCCUCGUCACAGGACUUAGACUACUUUCGCUGUUUUCCUGCAACAGGGAACAGGUUGUUAUGAUAGAUUAUUUUAUGUUAACACGUGAUGUCUUCAGAGUCAUGCAUUUUAAAUUCAAGAUGGUACAUUUUGACCGCCUGGCAGAUGAGGUACAUUUGAUUGUUGUUUCAUCAUAAACAUAAACUAAAAAUUGAAAAUGACACUGGGCGUAUAAAUUAAAAAGACUAUCAUAAAAAAACCAACACUUUCUCAUCCCAGGGAGUGAAAUAAUGUUCUUUUGUCAGAUGCCAAUUUGUCAGUGUCUCCACAUAACACAUAAGGUGUCCUUUGGUGUUGUGCCUUAACACAACGGCCAUGGCAUAGUUAGUCACUGAGAGUUAAAGGUCCGGUUUUGGACACCUAUGAAGUCUCUGUUAGGAGGUUAGUGGUAGUGGUGCAUAAGUUGUAGGUUUGUCAGAGGGGAGACCCUGGUUUGGUUCUUGUUGGGACCUUUUUGUGUUAUGAUUUACCAAGUCUGAGAGACCUCGAGUUCUCAGAGAGUUUUAAUUUUAACACAAAAGUCAGCAGUCCAACAGAGAAUGACGGUGAGAGAGCAGACAGGUGAGUUCCAGCACAGGUAAAUCUGCUUAUCUCAGAGGGAGUGUGUCACAGAGAAAGUAACCAAACUUUAGGGAGCAGCAGGCUGGAGCACCGGAGAGAGCGCUCUGGCAAUGAAUGAAUGGGAAACGGGUACACCAGCCUGCCUCUCAGCAAACAGAGGAGAAGACACGCCUCCAGCCUAACCCACAGGGAGGUAAGCUUGCCAUUCAUGCACAAGCUCCCAUCAGGAAUAGAGAGAGGCCGGCACAGUGGGGUCAUGACACUUUGUGUUUUUGAUCUUUUUAUUUUUGCUUUCACUCCAUCAGACUUCAGCACUAAAAAAUUAGUUGAUUAGAUUCAGGAAAAGGUGAUUUGGAGGAGAACACCUCCGUUUGCAGUUUUAACCUUGCAUGAUGAAGUUAUGAGUAACAGACCUGUGUCACUCGUGCCAUUAGCUGGUGCUUCAUGAGCCGCCACCAAAGGACACUUUGUGCAUAAAUGAGCCUCACCUGCAGCUUUGACAGGACAGCGUUAACUGACACCCUAGUAAUGAGAAUUAGCAGAUGAAACAGUAACAUUUGAAUCACAUAGUUUUUAUUAGCAGAAUAGAUUUUGUUUAUUUUGCGGUGAAACAUCCUGGCUCUUCUGUUGGAGUUACAGCUGUCUUUUUCUUUCUUUACUUAAAAUUUAUACCAAUAGUGAAACUGUUUUUUAGAGAUGCUGCAACUCAUUAAAAUUGAGAGACAUUUAUUUGAUGUUAGUUUUAUUUUUGUGCUGUGUGAAGCCAAGGAGCUCCAGGUAAUCCAGCUGGCUCUGAUCAGAGCUGCUAGAAGGUAGAAAUAACAGAUAAUUAUCAGCAGCAGUGCUGGUUAGGAGGCUGAUAUGUUCUUAACUCUCGACAAUAAGAAGAUAAUGUGAUUUAGAAAAAAAUGUGUUACACUCUUCAGAGUUAUCAUAGAAAUUAAAGGGGACUGCAGAAUAUCCGCAUGGAGGGUUUUUAUUUUCAUUCUGUGUUUUGAACUGAAGUCUGACUUUGAUAUUUUGUCUGAUGCUGUGUGAUCGUUUCUCACCGUUGACUUUUCUGAAUCCGCAUAGAGCAAGAUGCUCAUCCGGCAUAUCAUCUGUGAGCCAGUGCUACCGGCAGCUCAGAGUAAAAGAUUUUUACAUACUACUGAAUUUGCAUAUAUUGCCACACAUUAUUGCCAUAAAUCGCCACAAAACAUCUUUGCCAUUUUGUCAGUUUCAUGACUGCUAAUAGUGUGUUUUUAAUGGUUUACAAUUGGUGAGCUCCCGUUGCCCACCCUCUGCUAUUAACGGAAUGGAUGUUGACCUCUGUGGCCCUUGUAUGAUGUUUCCUGUAACCCUUGAUGAAACAUAGAUGUUCCUGUCAUGGCUUUUUCAUUGAGAUACUGAAAAUGCUACUGUAAAUGUCCUAAGUUGAAUGCACUGUGUGUUUAAAAAAAUAACUAUAAUGGAUCAAUGAUCGGGAAAUGACUCCAUAAAAAGACAAUAUAGUAUAUAGUGUAACUAUAGUGAAAUGGUUAUAUGAUGCAUUUUUUUGGAAUUUUAUUUAUUUCAUAUCUUGUCAUGUUUCAAAUGAUGAUUGGCUAUGAUUUUAACUGGUAUGGUGUUGUAAUGUAGCCAUUACAUUUUGCAAGGAAUGGUUUAAUGGUUAAGGUCGCUUGUACAUACACUUGGCCCAUAUAAAGUAUAAACCUUAACAUUUAUGUUGUAGCAUGGUAAUUGUGUGUCUGGAAGAAAACAAGUGGAUCAUUGAUUUGAUUUGCUCUUGUUGAAUAAAUGUUCCUCAACA